UCACGUGGCCCCGGCAUCUGCUGUAUCGUCAUGUAACCAUCUGUCUGUUCGUGCUGCAAAUGCUAUCUUUAUAUCCACACACACGACAUAUAUAUUUCUAUCAAGGUUUGUCCGACGGGGUUUUUUUUUUGCAUUUUUUUUUUCACAGUGCGAAAUGUAGCAGGUACCAAGUAAACGACGUGAUUGCCUUGGUGUCAAAUCCCAAUGAUUGGAAGUUGAUGGUGAACAAACGCUCAGUCAGUGCUGGAUGUGUCAGGGCGCAGGCGGCACUAAACUGUCCCGGUGUUGUCCCCUGGUCUCGUGGGUUAAUUGGAGCUGAACUGAUUUAAUUGGGGAGAUGAAAUGAUAAGGACAUGCGGCGCUCCUGUUGUGUUGCAGGGUCACGGUCUAGUGGAGCGGGAGGUGUUACAUCCGUAAGUUUUCCCUUUCCAAGGGGUUUACAAAUAGAGAAGCAAUAGGAUAGAAGGGCAAUGAUUUAUCGCUAAAUAAUUGUCGGUGUGAAACUAUAAGCUUAGCAUUUACCCUUGGUAUUUAUGUAUUGUAAUAUUUACUUCCUGAUGUGAACAAUGAGGGUUCGAACCAAGGUGUAACCUGCUUUUAUGUUCUCUCUUUAUUUGCAUGAAUCGCCUCUGUCUGUGUCAGCUGUUUCUAAACCAGAGAUGGAAACGCCUUCUGAGUUCAUUAACGUUAAUGAAAUUCGCUCUUCCCCGGCGACUUCCCAUUCAUGUAAUGACCGCACAGUGGUAAUUGCAAAUUAAAAGUGCAUUGACUCGUAUUCUUUGUGUAGACUGAACCGUAGACAUGAAGACAAGAGACCUUGCUGUGAUCUGCUGUCUGCUCUGGCUUGGGACUGCCCAGUGCGAUUCACGAGAGACCACGGGAGCGGCGGAAUCAUAUCCACUUGUCAACGUGGCUGGAAUAAUUGAACCUUAUUCUUCUGAAAACACCUUUAAUGCAAGUUCGCUUAGUCUGUUUGAAGGCACCAGUCGGUCAAUGGAGUGUCGCAAUGUUGUGCAUCUGAAUGGGUCCCAGUGGUGUUCAUUUGUAAAAACUACGGAAGACUGCAGAAUUGGGAGCGGCUUUAUUGAUUACCUCCAAGGGGCUGUCUGUGGCUUUUGCCAUGAUCUGCUGCCUCUGGCCAUUGUGCUGUAUGCAGUUUGGUUGAUCUAUCUAUUCAUGUUCCUUGGAAUAACAGCUGAAAAAUUCUUCUGCCCAAAUUUGGCUGCCAUAGCGACAAGUUUAAAGUUGUCACAUAACGUGGCAGGUGUCACUUUCCUUGCCCUUGGUAACGGAGCUCCUGAUCUAUUCAGUGCAAUGGCUGCCUUUUCUGAUACUAGAACAGCAAGCCUCGCGAUUGGAGCUUUGUUUGGUGCUGGUAUAUUUGUGACCACAGUUGUUGCUGGAGGUGUUGGUCUUGCAAGACCAUUUAUAGUGGCAUCCAGACCAUUCCUCCGAGACGUUACCUUCUACAUGGCGGCAGUUUUCUGGGCAUUCCUGGUCAUCUACUUUGGGAGUAUUGAUUUGGCACAAGCACUUGGCUACUUGGCCCUGUAUGCCGUUUAUGUACUUGUGGUAAUCAUAAGCAGUGUAAUUUACCAGAAGGGCAAAAACCAGCCACAGACUUCUCUCUAUAACAAUCAUUCAGAAAUUAAUGGCAAUGAUGAUGAGAUUCCAACACGUCUCAGGAGACCACUUGAAGACACAAGCGAGUAUCAAUCUUUAAUUGAGACAGAAGAAUCGAGAUCUACCAAAUCCAUUUUGCUGGACUCUCUUAAUCCCAUCGACAUUCAAAAAUGGAGGAGGAAACAUUUGCCCUGGAAGAUUUUCAAAUGUCUGAAGCUGCCAAUUGAGUUUUUGCUUCUGCUUUGUAUUCCUGUGGUUGACUUUGACCAAGAUGAUCACAACUGGAAGCGGCCCCUGAAUUGUCUACAGAUAGUUACCGGCUCGCUUGUCUGCAUCCUUGCAUUUAAAUCUGGCUACUAUGGAUUGCUGCUCAUCCGUGGCCAGUAUCCUGUGUGGGCUGUAGUUCUGGUGAUUACAGUAGUUAUAGCAGCGGUCGUUUUCUUCGCCACCAAAAAUGAGGAACCACCAAAGUUUCACUGUGUAUUUGCUUUUAUUGGUUUCUUCUUCAGCAUCGUACUGAUCAACAGUGUAGCCAUUGAGAUCGUCAAUCUUUUACACGCCUUUGGAAUAAUUUUUAACCUGAGUAAUACUGUUCUGGGAUUGACGUUACUCGCCUGGGGAAACAGUAUUGGAGAUUUGUUCUCCGACAUCACAGUAGCUCGACAAGGAUACCCGCGGAUGGCUAUUGCCGCAUGCUUCGGUGGAAUAAUAUUUAAUAUGCUGUUUGGUAUAGGCUUAAGUGCUCUAAUUCAAAUGCCCUACAAUGAUAACGUCCUUGAGAUCAAAUGCGAUGGCCUCCUGGAUUGGAUUCUAGUUGGAUCACUCGGCUUAAGUCUUGUUAUGUCAUUUAUAUUGAUCCCGCUUCAAGGCUUUAAGUUCACACGGUUAUACAGCAUUAUUUUAGUCUCCUAUUAUGUAAUAUUUGUUAUAAUAGCACUAUUGACUGAAGCUGAAAUUAUACAUAUUUAAAUUAUGGUGUCCAUGAUAUAGGCUGAUGUGAAAUAAUAGUUCUGGCACAUUUUGCACAUAUGAAUUUAUGUUUAAAUUAUAACUUUUGUCAGAAGUCUGAAAACUAAAUGUUUAGGUGGAUGGGACAAGCACUGAACAGAAUUUGCACCUUAAUUUUACUUUAAAAUCUCUUGUUUAAUGAAGCUGACAAUUUAUAUUUUUGAUUCUGCAUGUUCAUGAGGUUGAACAGAAUGAUGUUUUCUACAAACAGAGGCUGCUUCACUUAUAUAUGGUCCAUAAAUUGCUGAGCAAAGAUGGAAUACAGGGAUCUUUUUUUUUUUUUUUUCUCAAAGCUUAAAAUAUGUUCACCCCCUUAAACAGAAACAACCCUAUUUUCACCACAAGCCUUUAUUACUGAAGCUGGAAUUCAGUCAGUCACUCACAUUGGAGUACCAACAAAUUUGACAUCUCUUGAUAUGAAUUUUAAGUUGUUUAUUUGAACUGUAUGAAUAAUUGGGUAACUUUUUUUGCACUGUUGUAAGGUUUUAUCAGGUUGCCUCCAAUGGGAACAAGGGAAUUGUUUUUCAAGUAAGAUUUAUUGUAGUGUCUGCCCUCAGCUUUACACUUGACCUCAGAACUGAAUUUUAUGUUCAAUGAUAUUGCUGUUGUACGACUUUUUACUUGUGGAAUAAAUUUUACUAUUUAAAUGUU